AUGGAGCAAAUACGUUGGAAUGAAAAAUGUAUUGAAUUUCGAAAUCUAGUUGAUAAUUCGACUAUAAAAAAACCAACACUCGUUCAAAUUGGAAAUCAAGCAACUGUAGUUGGUAUUAAAAUAAGUGGACAAUUUAUUGUAGCAUCCCCAUGCAGAUCUUCUAAUGAUCAAUUUAUACCUAUGGAACAAGAAUUGAUUUUAUCAAGCAAACAUCUAGGCACAUGGAAAGUUAUAUAUAAAGGAACAUUGAAAAAAAGAAGCUAUAUUCAUCGUUUAACGACAACCGAUAUUGAACGAAUCUAUAUACUAGAUGCCGAAAAAGAACGUUCAAAACUUCGUUCAUAUAUUUGUAUGAAGUCUAUAGAAGCGUUUGAUCUUACGACUCACAAUGAAGAAGAUAUAACUGUUGCUGAUGGACAACGAAUCGAUCGGAAAAUGAAACGAAUCGAAGAAAAUGUUGAAUUUGAAGUGUAUGACAUCGGUGAAGUUGAAUAUACACCCAGAGAAGGUGAACGAACAUCGCAAGAUUAUGUAGCAGCACCAAAAAUCAAAACACGUAAAUUUCCAUUUCUCAUGUCGUCUGGUAAAGAUAGAGAAUUAUUAAUACGUAAUCGUCUUCUACGUACAUUAUAUUGUGUAACCAAAAAUGAAACUCAUCAACGUCGUUUUCUUCUUGAAGUCAAUGAACAACCAUGUGAUAUACGUCCAAUUGCUUCGACAGGAUCAACAGAACUACGUUAUCUACAAAGUACACAGAAUCUAUUUAAUUACAUAUUAAGUUAUGAUAAUACUAUUCCUCUUUGUGUCAAAUUAAUUCGAGGUGAAUUACCAGUUAAGGCAGCUGACGUGGGUGAUUAUUUGAUAUUUCGGAGAGUUUUAACUGGCGAUCAUGUUCCUCUAUGUCGUGUUAGAGAUCUUAAAAUAUCACUUGCUAGUCCAGAUCUUCCUCUUAGGCUCAAAUUACCCAUCGAUGAAAAUAGAUGGCAUUCAAUACCUGAAGUUCAUUCAGCUGAACUUGUCUGUAUGCAACUAUCUUUGGCAUUAUUCUCUCGAUUCGAAUCAGAAGUUUAUGUUAGAAUUGAAGGUGAAUCCUCUGUAGCUAUUGAUGUGAAAUCAAAUAAUAAUCGAAAGUCAUUGCAUUCACACAAAUCAGUUGAUUUUGUUGAAAAACAAGUUGGUGAAUGGGAAGUCGCUUCUCAUGAUCAAAUACCAACAUCUAAAUCUCAAAAUAGUUUUAAUUGUGCAGAGCCAAGAUAUAUAGAAGUUGUUUCCGCUGCUGAUAAAACUAUGGCACUUCAACAAGCAACAAAAAUGUUAGGAGCAAAAUCAUCUAUGCAUCCUGUUUCGGAUAUGCUUUAUCGUGAUCAUGACAGACGAUUAAGAGAAAACGAUGUUCAAUGUGAACAAGAACAUUCAAAAUCACCAGCUGGAAGAUCGAAUCCAAGUCAACGAAAGACGACAAGAGACAAAUCUAAAACGUCAUCACUACAAUUGUUAUCGUCUACUACUUAUCAGAGUACAAAAAAAUAA